AUGGAAAAGGCAUGGAAAGACGAACAGGAAAAACAAGAAGAAAGGCUUGAGCGGAAGAUGACCGCAAUGUUGGAACGAUCUAUGAGGACUACCAUCACUGGCACAGGUCUAAGCUAUGACGAUUUAUGCAUGCAUCCCAAUUUGGAUUUACCCAAAGGCUUUAAAGUAGCCUGCUUCAAAUCGUUUAACAGAACGGGCAAUCCUAAAGCGCAUAUGCUGGGCUACUGCGACCAAUUGUUUAGGGUCCGGGAUAAUCAAGAGCUCAUCAUGUGGUUGUUUAGCCGGAGUUCGACAGGAGAAGCCUUGGAAUGGUUCACGGCACAAGAUAUACGCCGUUGGGCCACAUGGGAGGACAUGGCUGCUGCUUUCAUAGAAAGAUUCCGCUUUAACAUGGAGACGGUGCUAGAUAUAUGCUAUUUGGAGAAAGUAAAACAGAAGUCCACCGAGAACUUCUGUGAAUACGCAAGCAGGUGGAGAACGGAGGCUACCCGAGUACAACCUCCUAUGGGCGAAGAAGAACUGUGUCAGUUUUUAUCCAUUCAAACAGACUUCUAUGAUAGAAUGCUUUCAAUGGUGGGGAGACCUUUUUCUGAAUUGGUCAAAAUGGGCGAGGCCAUAGAAGACGGUUUCAAAACUGGCCGAAUCAUAAGCAUGACUAGAAAACCCGCUGGGUCAGGCUCUACCGGGUUCGCACGCUAA